AUGUGGCGGAGAUGGGGGCAGGGGAGAAGGCAUUGGUGGAGGAAAGGGAGAGGUCGGCGUGGUGCUGUUUCUCAUUUGGGCAGCAACCAAGGUCAAGAAUAGCAGGUUAAGAGGACCUGGGUGAAGAUACCCAUUUUUGGAAGCCAGGACAAGGCAUGAGAAGGUAGUUAAAGAGAAGAGAUAGAAGGGAAUAUUUCGUGCAAGGUACAGCUGCGUUCUUCACGGUGUAAUUUGGCCACGAAGACGAAGAUUUCGCUCUAUGCCGACGCUGACAUCGUGUGAACGGAAUAUUUCGUCCUGUGGCUGUGGUGGCCUAAAAAAAUAAGGCCCUUGCUUCGAUUAAGUAGGCUGUGGUUUUCACAUUUAUAGGGCGCCUACAGAGUGGCGUUCACGACGAGUUCCAGCAACAGGAUGGAUUGACAAGGCCAUAGAACCCCUCUCUUUAACUACUGUGGGCCGGCAUGAACGGUAGCAUUGAGACAAUUGACGAUUCAAUAAGACGCGAUCUCUCCGAACAAUACCAUUAGUUUAAACGACGUACAAAAUCCAUCCUUACCCUUUUUAAUUUUGUUUUUGAAUACUGAUGAUAAAAUCUGGAGGACUGAACUCCGCUUGAAAUUUGCCCUUUUACUUCAAUAAGAAACAGUACAGAUUUUCCAUGGCGUGGUCAGUGAAAGCCUGAUCAAACCCGCAUAUCUGCUGCAAUUAUGAAGCCAUGUGGAUUCGGAUUGUCCUAUUCUACUCUUGUACCAUCUUUUUUAAAAUCUAUAUUUCAGUGCACUUCAUUAUUAAGAAUAGCAUAAGAAUAAAGUCAUGCAGACCUCAGCUUGAGCAGAUUUCGAGUUCUUGCGACUCCGACUGAUGUGGCGUCAUGAUAAUCAACGAUGACGGCAGAUUAGGUACAUGUUGGGUUUUAUCGCGGGCAAAGCAGUUUCAAUAGUUUUAUAACGCCAAACCAUGUCCUUGAGCUCUCUCUCUCCCCUUUCCCUCCCCUCUAUGCAAGGAAUCCCACCGCCUUUUCCCUCUAGCCGCACAUUGUUUUUCGUGAUCCUUUGAGGUCCAACGACGAUGGCGGAUUAAGAACAUCGUGAAGAAGAGGGGGGCAACAGAAAAUUAGCGGAACUAGUUGUCACGACGAGAGUAGUGGAGUCUAGGGACGGGCCUUCUGUGUAUGGAUAUACUUCCUUAUUUGCUAUAAUUGUACAGUGGUUAUGUGAGCAGAAGACUGAAAGGGAAUCGAAAAAUCUAUUCCGACCGGAUUAAAGUAUAACCAAAGGAAAAUAUUGUUCCUUGGGCAUCCAAAAAAGAAUCAUGCUCGUUAGAUGAUACAUCAUUCUUCUAAUGGCCGGAAUGCAGACUUAUGGGUUUUUCAGUGUCCAGCUCUUGGAAAAUUUAGUCAUAAAUGUGUACAUCGUUGGGCUUCUAAAUGUCUGUGAAAAUAGAGGAAGAAUGUUUUUUUUUAUAUGUUGUCCCCUCCCGUGUUUAACGAUCCAAAGAUGGUUUCAACAGUUUAGGAACAGAUGGGACAGGUUUCUUUUGCAAUCGUACACCAUCUUUCGCAAUCCUGAAGAUAGCAGCAACGAAUUAUUGGCGGUGAGUCUUCGGCUGACAGCAGAUCUAGUUGGCCUGAUUGGUACAUGCAACGGGGUGAACUUGAAAGUACAUAGAUAAUGGUGCCCCAAUAUACGAUCCUGUAAGAUCAUAUCGGAUGGAACAAUUUCGAGCACUUGCCCACACAUGGAUCUCUAAGCAUUUUUACUCCCAUAUAUGAUCUUGUUAGACCCCCAGCUGGUAUCGGAUGAGAUACUCACGCGAUCCUCUCACCCACCUGGGGGAAACGAACCUGAUGGGUAGAGUGGUGCCCACGUUUCUAAGGAAACAAACCAAAGGAUAUGGAAGAUCGUGAAGACGAUGACGGACGUGGUAGAAGUGGGAAUUCGAUCGUGGGUCCAUCAGGAUUAUAAAGGUUGGCCGACUCACGACAAUGGGGAGGGGACCUCUCGAAGUCCCCGCUGGUUCUUGGGUUCUUCGGGGCCCAAGCUACUCUUUCUACUGUUUUAUCUUCUAUUUCUAUUUCCCAUAGUUCCGUUCACACUAUCUGACCGGAUCCAGCUUUCCUCUAUUCCUUCCUUGAUUUACUGUCAUCCUAAUCCUACCAGAUCUUUCCUUGACCAUUACUCAGCCCCGUCAGUUGUCCAUCCUUCGCACUAGGUCAAACCAUCUCCCAUACCUCAUCCUCUCCUUGUCAGUUCCCCCUGGUCCUCUCCCAUAUGCGGUCAAGCCCCGCUACCUCUUUCCCUCUCGUAAGCACUGCCCCUACGCCGGUCUCUCUCACCGCAUCUCUCCGUCGGCCGUUCCUAUCGUGUCGCGCUCCCCUCUCCCUCUCCAGAACAGUCCCCAUCUCUCAUUCUUUGCUCUUAUCUUGUUUCCCUAGUUUGUUUAAGCUAUUGUCCUCUUCUGAUCAAAAAAGCCAGAAAUAUACAGGACAGACGUGAUGUAAGACCAGCAGAAAAUCGAAAGCAGCGAUCGACGGUAUCAUGAAAGCCAGCAGCGGGCUCCUCUCGGAGAACUGUUGACAGGUUACUCCACCAUGGAAGAGUUCUAAGUUCUACAGGUUUCUCCUGCCCUAUUUCACCUGUCUGCAGGGGGGUUGGAGGAGAGUGGGAUGGCCAGGUGCAGGAGACAUGAAAGGCGUGGAGAGUCACGGGUGCUGUACACCAAGAGGAAGCCUUGGAAGUCGGAGAAGCCGGGGAAGAAUUCUCUACUGAGGGCCGACACCGACUGCCCUGAUAACUACUGUGCAGAAUGAUGUUAAGAAACAGACAAAAUCUGGUCAUAAAAACUGUUAUUACCUCUGAUUUCUUCCCCACAUCCUCGGCAUUGACUUUUUCCAUCGCCUAUGGUUCAUCCGGGUCAUUACCACGGAGAACCCAUGUAUAACUGGUACUCAUACACUUCCAGACAAGAGAUGAGCGGCACCCAUGAGUAGCCGGCACGCAUUGCCUUGCGGUUUCUCGUGAAAGUUACCUCUGUAUAUUUGCGAGUCGCGCUCUUAAAUGUACGUUGAUGGUUGACCCACUGACCUGGCUGGUUGGUGGAUUGUCUCGGACCAGUUGACGCCGGCUGGCGUAGAGCUGGCAGCCUGGAAUGGAUCGACAUUCGACCCUGGGAGACGGUCUGAUGCGUACCCGGCGGAACGGUUCGGGCCGGACAACCGAUUUCACGAACCGGCGGGAUUUAAUCCUAGCCAGUAGGGCGGACGGGAAUCGUCCGAACGGGCUGUGGCGGACUGGGCAAAGAUGGAGCCAGAGAUGGCGGCGGCAGACGGCGGCACCGGACGGCGGUGGUGGUGGCGCAGCGGCAGAUGACGGCCACGGUGGUGGCCGACGGCGGGGAUGCUGGCGGUGGGCGAUGAAGUAUGACGGUGACUGCGAUGAUGGGCGGCGGCUGGUGGCUGGAGAACGGUGGGCGGAGGUGGAGAGGCGGAAGAUAAGGUUCCAACCGGGAGCAACGGGGUUCUCGAGACCAACCCUACUGGGGCGACGGUGUCCUUACGACCAAACGUACCGGAGAGAAUGGUAUACAUCAGAUAUGUCCUGCAUCAGUUCUGUGUACUUGUUCUGCGGUGUUUGGUGUAGGUCAUUAAUAGAAGAGUAAAUCUUGGUCCCAUGAUGCACGCGUGCCUAUACCGGCGGUACGGAUCCGGAUCCGAUAAGCUGAGGGUGUGUCGGUCCCCGGACAUGAUACUUCGAUCUCAAACAGAACAUUGAUGUGGUACCUACUAUUUAUAUGAUCAUAUGAUGCGACCUUGAAGGGAAGGGUCUCUGGAGGAGAUGCGGCACAGCGCAGCGGAGAGAGAGUGAAAGAAAGGGAGAUCAACACAGGCCAUACGCAGCAAGACGACUCGGCCGGUCCCCGGCGUCACGGCUGGAAACACGAGCUGCGAGCAUGAAGCAGCCAUGCAUGCAGACUCCACAACCCUCGCCCUUCUCCCUUCCCACCGCUUGGUGUGAGUCAUUGACGAUAGCGAAUGAGGAUUUCCCUCGGAAUCUCGGCAAAGGAUGUCGCCCUUCUUAUCGCAAACUUUUUUGUCGUGUGUUAUUUAUUACCAAGAGAUAGCACAACAGCACCGACACUACAAACACUGAAGGCAGAGCAAGCACGACGUAGAGUGCGACUAAUUACAGACUUUGACUUGGGAAUAUAAGUAACCCAGAGAUACUCUACGAGAGGCUGGAUAUCCUGGGAUGUUUACCGACAAAAGAAAACGUACAGAUAGAUACCGAGGUGAACAGAGAGCCUGACAAAUGGGUACAUGGGAUACGUAGAUGGACGACAGUCUUGGGGGACCGAGUUAACUGCAUGUGAAUCCAGAAGGCACCGGCCUGCCGCAGUAGAAGAGCAGCUGAACAAGGUCACCGGGGAUGCGGACUCUAAGACCGAGGAACCCGAAUCUGGCGGCGUAACAGAGGCACGUCGUGGCCUGUUGAUCAGAAAGUUGGCGGACGACACGGCAACAAGGAAACCUGGGGGGCAGAAACCCGAGCUUCAAACCCCUAACCACGGAGGAGCACACGCUCAAUCUUGCGGCCUGAGCGCGGCAGGACCGAAAUGGAAAAAAAGGCGGAGGUGGCGGAGAAGGAGGUGGUGGCGGCGGAGAAGGAGGUGGUGGCGGCGGAGAAGGAGGUGGCGGCGGCGGGGGAGGUCGUCUCCUGAUCCUCCUUUGGGCAGAAACCGAGGUAAAGAACAGCAGGCUCAGCAAGAGGACUGCUGUGCAGGCACCGAUUUUGGAAGCCAUGAGGGGCAGACGCCGGACGUCGGAGGACUACUUUCGCACACAAGUUGACGAUAGACCGUAUGUUGUGAGUGUGAGUUGGAUAGGUUGCACAUGGUUUGGUAUUUAUAAGAGAAGAGCGUCAUCCGCGUGAGCUGCAGCACCGUUCUCCGCUGGAUUUCACUCGUCACCGACAUGGUGGGAACGGAAAACUCUUCGUGUGGAUUUAGGCGGCCUUAAAAAAUUGAGACCUCAUCCGGUAAGUAGAAGUGGUUUUCACAUUUAUAGGACCCUAAUGAAGACGCGUGACUAUGAGUUCCGAUUGUGAUAGCAGUUGACCCCCAGAGAGCCAUUUCGCCGUCGGAGACUUGCGUUAAUGGCGGCAUCGAUGCAAGUCAACGUGAAUAAAAUAUGGUGGUCUAUGUGAUAAAAGAUCACCCGACUCAUCCUCGUCCAGUAAAAUUCGUUUUUAUAAAUCUUGAUGCUAAAAACUGCAGGACAUAACCUGCACAAAGAUAUGUACGUAAGCCAGAUAAGGUAAGAUUCUCUACAGUUCAUCCUUGACAUGACCAUCCGUAGAGCCCUGAUCAAAAUCCCCACAUCAGCGUCAAUGAUCUAGCGAUCCGAAGUCGUCUCGUUCGAUCCUCCAAUCAUCGUUUUUCAGAUUUAUCGUUCAGGGUGCUUUGUUGAAACUCGUGUAUAAAGUUACUGCAGUUGACAAGGGGGUAAGCAUAUGCAAAAGUCAGACUCUGACUUUCGUUAGGGAGGCCCGCACAACUUUUGCAAAAUAAUUGUGAACAGGCUUUGAUCUGUCAAUAGCGGUAUCCACGUGCGAGGAACACCUAGUUUUGCUGUCUUUAUCUCUCCUCUCUCUCUCUCAAUGCUCCCCGGCGUUGUUUGACUUAAAGGGCACAUUGCUAAUUGCUUUGCUGAUCCUUUGAUAUCCACCAACAACGGCGGAUUAGAUUCAUCUAGACGAAAACGGGGCAGCGGAGCAUUGGUGGAAGGAGUCGGCAAGCUGAGAGAAGAUAAUUGAAGGGCAAGUUCUUCGUUUAUGGAUAUGUUUCGUUGUUUGGCUUAAUUGUGUCGUGGUUAUGGGCAGAAGAAUCGAGGGAGGUAAAAUAUCCACUUGGUAUAAAGAAAAAAGUGAAAUGAGAUAUUUUAUUGUCACUUGGGCGUGCGAAAACUCAUGUACUGCGGAGGUAAAGAUGAGACUUCCAUUGUGUUACGAGGAAAUUAUAUACUUAUUUGAAAUUUUCAGUUUUGAGUUCCUCCAAAAUACUCGAAGUGGCCAUAAAUGUAUAUCUUCUUGGGCUUAGAAACCGUUAAUCGUAGUUCUGAGAGUGAGGAAGAAUCAGUCACAUUUGUCCCUCAUGUGGUAAAAGAAAAAUGCAAAAAGGGUGUCGCCAGCUUAAUUCCACUAAAUAGGCAUGCAAAAGGUCAGGUUAGCCUGCUUUGUACUUCUCUAUCAUUAUGGUCAGCAGGUGUUUUUCCAUCCUGUGGCCCCAUUAAACAGGAUUAACAGGAAACAAACAAAAGGGGAUCAAGAGAACAGAAAGAACAAAAUCGAGACAGAAUGUGAAAGGCAUGUUGACUGUUAAGGCCUUUCUAAUCUCAACUUCCCAAACAUAACUUUAUCAAUGAAGCACAUCAUGGAGAAGUAGAUGGUGAUUAACCACUAUCUAUCAAGGUGUAAAUAUCCAUAAAAAAGAAAGAUUCUAAAAUGAUCUUUGAUCAAAGUUUUACUUCUCCCUUGCAGUUAGUUUGCUAUCAUCCCAUAGAGAAGAUAAAUUCUAGAAUCAUGGGUGGUAGACUUAUUUUUAGAAACAUCAAUCAUCAUACUACUAUAAUUUUCAAUUGAGAGCAAGAUCCACUAGCUUGAAGCAAUUGAUGACUUAAAAGUAAAAUGGACACCACAAGCUAGACCCAUUCUCAACAUGAGUUCACAGUCCAAGAAGUCACCAAGUUAGUUAUGUUAAUGUAAUGGUUUAUUAUUAUUGAGCCUUCCUAUGUCACAGUCUACUUAGUGGACCAUCAUCUAGUGGUAAUGGGUCAAACAUGUAAUGGCCCAUUAUGUUACCUCUAAGGUUAGGACAUCAAGAUUUCCACCUUCUACAUGGUAUCAAAGCAAGAUUAGGGUUCCAAAGCCUUAUUUGGUGCCAUCACAUUUUGAUGCCACUAUUACCAAUGUCCUCUACCAUCAUUUGCUAGAGCUAUUAGCAUCAUGUUUUUUUCUAGCAAGGUCUUUUGCCUCCAUUGAGUAUUCUUUUAUUAAGUUUUUCUAAAUUUGCUAUGUUUCAUUCAAAUGAGGUCUUCUACCUCUAUUGAGUAUCUUUUUGACAAGAUUUUCUACUUUUGUCAUAUUUCUUUUUGACAAGUUCUUUUGCCUCGACUAAGUAUCUUUUUAAGCUUUCCACCUUUAUUGUGCUUCUUUACCAGGUCUUUCAUCAUUGUUGAGCAUCUAUCCAGCCAAGGUUUUCCACUAGUUCUCUAUCAGCCUCUUUGGCAUCUUUUGUUGAUGUCUUCCACCACCUUAUUCAACAUCCUCUACAGGUUCUCCAUCAGUAUCAAUGUUUGUGGAUGUCUUUGACUUUCACUAGUCAACAAUGGAUGAUCAAACUUUACAAAUAUAAAAGAAGGAUCAAAGCCCACUUUUCUAAGUGCUCAUUCAGUUAUCAUACAAGUCACUUUGUGAAAUUAUCAUUACUAGUAAAUAUUAGUGAGAAUUUAUUUCAAGAGAUGAAGAAAGAUCAACCAUUUAUUAAAAAGAUUUGACAUCUGAUCUUAGUCUGUGUAGUGAGAGCACAAAGUUAUAACCCUCUUAAAUCUACAAUAAAAUUUCAUGGAGACUCAUAUUAUAAAGUUGGUGUGUAAUUUGGAAAUGUGGAAGGUAGUGUGGGACCAUCUCGUACUGAUGUAUUUCAACAUCUCAUAGAUCAAUGAUAUAACUAUAGAGUAUACAUACUAAAAUAAGGUAAAAUAGAUAUGAAUCAAUACCUCAGUGGGAUCAUGCCUCUUACUCAAGAUCUCCAGUCCUUACUUCUAUUAUGUACUUAUCUCCAAGUGAAGUAGAAUCAAUGAGACUAUCUAAUAGUUGUCGAAUUUCUUAGUAGACUUCAUCCUAAAUAUGAGAGUUUGUAAUCAUAUCUUAGUAAGGAACGAGUUGUUGACAAUUGCUAAAGUCUACAAGUGUCUCUUGUGCUCUUAAAAAUCAAGUUAUUCAAAAGACCAAAUCUAUUGUUGAGAAGAUAGUAUUAGUGUCUACUCAACAACCCUCAUAUAAGUGUGCUCAUGGUUGUCACUCCAAGAAAGAGGAAAGCAGAGGUAAAGCAGCUGGAGAUCAUUAGUAAUAUGUGUCAUUUUGUAGUAAAAAAGGGCACACAAAGGAGAAAUCUUAAACAUUCCAUAGCCAUCCUUCCAAGACUGCCAAAAUUUAUUACAUGUGGAGAACAUGGAGGAUCUCAAGUUGUACAUCAAACACCACUUUCUAAUGAGUAUGCUCACAUGUUUCAAUUUUGAAUUGAUCAACAAGCAUCGGUACUAAUUACUACCUCAAACACACCACUUUCUAAUGAGUAUGCUCACAUGUUUCAAUUUUGAAUUGAUCAUCAAGCAUCAGUACCAAUUACUACCUCAAACACACUUGAGACUUCUACAAUGUGCCUCUCUCAAGCAUUUACAUCCUCCUCAAGUGAAUUAUCUCACUAGAUUCUUGACUCUAAGAUUUGACCAUAUUACAAAUAGAUCAAGUAAUUCAUAUCUUACUUUGGUCAUGUUAAACUUUCUACUGUCACCUAGUCAAAUGAUUCUAUCACACCUAUCACAUGUAUAGGAUCUACAUAUCUUAAUCUUAAUCUUAAAUAAAUUUUACACAUUUCUAACCCAUUUUGAUUAAUAAACUUACUAGAUUCUUUCAAACUAUCAUAACUUUCUUCUUUUAGACCCUAAAGACAUAGAGGAGUAUUGGUGAAAGAUAUAUAGAUAGAAGACUAUACUAUAUGGGAAAAGUUUCUUCCAUCCUAUGUGUUGUUGCUUCACCUAUUCAAGUCCAUAAUCAAUUAGGUCAUAUUUCUUAAAAAACUUAAAUUAAUGGUACAUAAUCUUUCUAAUAUAGAAGUAUUGAGUGUGAAUAAUGUCAAUUAAGUAAACAUCAAUGUUCUAGUUUUGGGUCACGAGAUAAGUCUAUUUUUGAUUUAGUUCAUUCUAAUGUAUGAUGUCCUAGUCAAGUCAAUAUUAAACUUAGCUUUAAAUAUUUUUUAAAUUUUAUUUAAAAUCAUUAUUUUAUCAUGUAGCUCUAUCUCAUAAAAAUUGAUCAGGGUUAUUCACUAUAUUUUGGUUGUUUUAUGUUGAAAUUAAGAUUUAAUUUUGACAAGAAUAUUCAAAUACUUUAUUGUAAUAAUAUUAAAUAAUAUUUUAAUUCAUUUUUCACAUAAUAUUCGAUCACCUAGAACAUCAUUCAUUAAUCAUUAUGUCCUCAUACUCAACAAAAUAGAAUAAUUGAGAGGAAAAAUCAUCAUGCUAUUGAGAAAAAAAUUACAUUACUUUUACAUAUGAAUGUCUCACUUGAGUUCUAGAGUGACAUCAUUCUUACAAUCACUUACUUAAUUAAUCAUAUGUCAUCAUUGUUGAAUUUCAACCUACAUUAAGAUCAAGAAACAAGGUUUACUUAACUUAUUUAUAAAACUAUUUUCAUGAAACUUACUACAAAUCUAUGUAAGUCCUCUCUCUCAUGACUAUCAUAGAAUUUUCAUAGUUUAAUAACUAUAUAUAUCACUCGCUAAUUUUUAGAAUGAUUUGACUCACUAUCUACAUCCACACUCUAUGAGUAACUUUGCUCUUAAGUUCCACAAACACUAACUAUUAGAUCACAAACCUCUCAUGAAUAAACUAAACUCCCAUAGAUUUUCUCUCAUAAAUUCUCUUCUAGAUUGACAAGCCUAGGAGGCUAACAACUAUUUAAUAGGACAUUUCCCAUAGGUGAUUGAAUCAAAAGUUUAUUUCUCACAACAAAUAUGGUAAGAUUUUUCCAAUGUGGGUAGUCCAUGGAGAUAAUAUUGACUUCAAUGUUUUUGAAUUUAUGAUGAAAAUAAUGUUGUGAACUGGUAUAUAGUUAUUGCCUCUUCUUAUCAGAAUGCUAUCUAUGUAUUGAAAGUUCUUUAGGCUUAAAAUGGGUCAAGGAGGAUAUUCAAUAUUGUUGAACGCCUCAUAUUAAUGCCUUUGCAUGAUUUGAGCUGUUGACAUAAAGCUCAUUAUUACUUGUUGAUUUUCCUAUGAGAGAUAUUUCAUGGCAAGCUAGAGGUACCUUAGACAAGAAAGAUAAUUUGUGUCUUAUGCUCCUAUUAGAAGAUCGUGAUGUUUAUAAGAAAAUAUUAUAUGAAAAUCUUCUCAAAUCUCUAUGUUCCAACAAUUCAUUUCUCUAAAAUAAGACACAUUCGGACAACUCAAAUACUAAUUCAGCAUAUUCUUAACUUAGGUUGGUUACCCUUUGAAAGAACCAACAUGUAAUUAUUUUAUUACUUAAUGUUUGUAUCUGAAUCGUGUCAAUUCGUUUUGAUCCAUUGCAAAUCUUAUAUCAUGAGAAUAAAACCAAUAAGAAUGCAAUAUCAUCAAAACACAACUAAUAAAAGAUAUCCAUAUUAAAUAAUAGUUUGCCAUUCAAAUCAUAUUCGAAUCCACUCAAAUAAAAUGCAAUCAUCAAGUUAACAUCUUGAGUGAUGCUUUCAAUAUCUAUGAUCAUGAUUUUGUUGAUUUAGGAUAUUUAUAAUAAUUUAUAAGGUAUGUUAUAAAUAUUUAAAAAAUUAUGUUCAUCCAAGUAAGUGAUUUAAACUUAAUCUAUUACAAAAAUAUCAAAGAAACUCAAAAUCAAUAAUAAUAUCAAGAGAACAUAGUAGUUUGAGUAGGCUUCCCAUAUUUUGUUUCUUAUUAUGUCAUUGAUUUUGAUGUACUUGUUAUUACUUUUGUAUUGUGGCAUAUUUUGUAAAUAUUGACAUCUUCUAUAGUAGUAUGUAAUAUGAUGAUUUCACAUCAAAAUACCUAUCACAUCUAUGUGCUCUACACUAUUAAUUGAGAGUAUGCUAAAUGAUCUCUCAUAUGAGUUAUUAUUGUUAAUAUUCUGAAUUAGACUCAAAAGUUCGUUCAUCAGAAAUAUUGUGUACUUAUUAUUUACAAAAAUUAAUCCAUUAAAAACUAUUUGACAUCAGGAAAAUAUUAUAUAUAUAAUACUUCAAUUGUUAUUAGUUCUAAAUCAGAAGACCUCUUAUUUAAUUUUUUAUCUUAUUAGCUCAUUAUACAUUAUAUCACCAAAGAUUUUGGGGUAUACUUGUUUUGUUUAUCAUUUAGCUACAAUUCAAGAUAAAUUUUGUCCCAAGUCUUUGAAAUGUAUUUUCUUAUAAUAUUUUCAUGCUCAAAAAUGAUAUAAAAGUUAUUAUCCUUUGCUUCAAAGACACUUUAUCUCAAUUGAUGUUACUUUCUUUAAGAACACUUCUUUCUUAAAUGUUACAAUCUACUAAUUCUCUAGAUGAGUUAUUACCUUUAUUAGUCAUUGUGGAUUCAGCCUUUGUGAAUAUUUCUAGGGUUCCCAAAGUUAUUAGAUAAUAGAUUAUGGGAUAAACACACUCCAAUCAUAUGGUGAAAAAUUCUCUUAGCACCUCCUGAAGAAUCUACAUUACAAUUAAUAAUUCUUAUGUUUGAGGGACUACAAGUGAGCACAUCCUUGCCAAGUGAUAUUGACCCCUCUAUUGCCUUAACGAAAAGGAAAAUAUUCUUGUAUGCAUUUAUCAUAUUUCUAACCUUGUAUCAUACCAUCAGUUAACUCCUACCUAUUCAGGUUUUAUAUCUACCUUAUCCCACUAUCAUACUCUAAAGUUUUAGAAUCACUAGGUUAUUCCAAGUGGCAUGCCACCAUGAUAAAGGACUAGACUUGGGAGUUUAUCUCAUAUCCUCUAGGAAAUUUCAUUGUUAGUUACAAAUAAAUCCUUAUAGUUAAAGUUGAACCUAAUGGUACAAUUGAUCACUUGAAAUUUCAAUUGGUACCAAAGAGCUUCACUCAGGUAUAUGCUAAAUAUUAUUAAGAGAUUUACUCACUUGUUGCUAAGGUUACCUAUAUUAGUAUUAUCUUUACCUUAGCAGUUCGCUUCUCUUGGCCUCUAUAUUAGCUUGAUAUAUAAAAUAUAUUUUUUCAUAGUACUUUGCAAGAAGAAAUAUAUGAUACAACCAUUAGGUUUUAAUGCACAAAGGCCUACACUAAGAUCAAGAAGGGAGGGAUUGAAUUGAUCUAUGUUUUUCUUAUUUCAUUUCUAGAUGAGCUUUCUUAGAGUUGCACUUUUCUCUUAAGAUGAUGAAUAUGUUGAUUUCUUAGUUCACUUAGAAUACUAUGUUUUAUAGUAUUUUGACCAACUGUUUAUGUCCACUCUCCAUUAACAAAAUUAUUUUUAUAUUUUAAUUUUUUUAUUAUCCAACCAUAAUUGUUGAUUAAUUGACUCUAGGAUGUCACGUGAUGUUUCAUUAAGAUAACUUCUUGAAUUUUUCUCCAAAAUUUUCUUAUAAAUUCAUAGCUUUAGAAGGUCACACUGUUGUUAACAAGGACAGCUCCCACUCGUGAUAAAUAAGAAUUUAGGGAAAUGGACUCAAAGGCCGAAGAAUCAAAAUCUGGCAGCAAGGUAGAGGCAUACAGUGGUUUAUGGAUUGGAGAAUGUGUUGACUAUGGUGCAACAUGGGUACCUUUAGGCCAUGCACUGAAACGAGGAAUGGUUGACAAAAGGGGCAUAGACACUCAAACAGAGGGUAAUGAGGCAUAACAGAAUUGGACUGCGUCCUCGCAGAAAACAUGGGGGAGGUGGCGGGAGGGGGGAAGGCAGUGGUGGAGGAGAGAGAAGGGUCGGCGUUGUGCUAUUUUUCACUUGGGAAGGAACGAAGGCCAAGAACAGCAGGUUGAGUAAGAGGGCCAAGGUGAAGGUACCAUUUUAGAAGCCAGGAUAAGGUUGGGCAUAUUUGUGCACGUACAUGGCUUCAGCGUGAGAAGAUAUUUAAAGAGAAGAGACAGAAGGGCAUCUUUCAUGCGUGUCGCAGCUGUGUUCUUCGCGCUGUAAUUUGGCCACAAAUAUGAAUAUUUCACUCUACGCUGAUGCCGACAUCGUCGGAAUGGAAUAUUUAUCCCGUGGCUGUGGUGGCCUAAAAAAAAAAUUUCAGGCGCUUGCUUCCAUUAAGUAGGUUGUGGUUUUCACAUGUAUAGUGUAACUAAGAGGUGGUGUUCACGACAAGUUACAGCCAUAAGAUGAGUUGAAAAAGGCAACAGAACUUGUCUCAUGGACGUGGACGUGGACUGGCAUGAAUGAUAGCAUUAAGACAAUUCACGAUUCAAUAGAUUGGUUUUAAUAAAAUACAAGUUCCAGCUAUAAGAAAUUCAUCCUUACCCUUAAAGAUUUUGUCUUGGAAUCUUGAUGUUAAACCUGUAGGACUGAACUCCGUGUAAGUUGCCCUCAUACUAAAAUAAGAUACUCUGUAGAUUUUCCAUGGCGUGGUCCUCAGUGAAAACCUGAUCAAAUCCGCAUAUCUACUCCAACUAUAUAGCCAUGUAGAUUUGGUUCGUCCUAUUCUACAUUUGAACCAUAACCUUUUAAGUCAAUAUUUCAGGGCUCUUCAUUGACUUUCACGAAUACAUUAUUGAGUAGAGUAUCCGAAGAAAAUCAUGCAGACGUCAGCUUGAGUAAAUUAUCGAGCUCUUCGGUUUCCUGACUGUUGUGGUGUCAUGAUAAUCAACGAUGACGGCAGAUUAGGAACAUCUUGUAUAGGUUUUAUCCCGGGCAAAGCAGUGUCAACAACUUAAUAACACCUAAUUAUGCCCUCCCUCCCUCCCUCCCUCUCUCUCUCUCUCUCCUCUCGGUGCCCUCUCCCUCCCCUCUAUGCAUGGGAACCCACCCUCCUUUCUCUCUAGCCGCUCAUUGUUUUUCGCGAUCUUUUGACGUCGAGCGGCGAUGGCGGAUUAAACAGAUCGGGAAGAAGACGGGGCAACUGAAAAUUGGGGGACGUAGUUACCAAGACUAGAGUAACGAAGUCUAGGGACACGCCUUUUGCGUAUGGAUAGACUUCAUUAUUUGCUAUAGUUGUACAAUGGUUAUGUGAGCAGAAGAAUGGAGGAGAAUCGAAAAAUCCAUCCCGACCGGAUUAAAAUAUAACUGAAAGAUAAUAUUUUUAAUUCGGCGUCCAAAUAGGCUAUGCUUGUUGGGCGACACAUCUUUCUUCUAAUGGCUGGAAUGCAUACUAGUGAGGGUUUUCAUUGUCGAGCUCUUGGAAAAUAUCAAAAUUAGGCAUAAAUGUGUAUAUCGUUGGGCUUACAAAGCUAUGUCUCUGAAAAGAGGAAGAAUUGUUUCUUUAUAUGUUGCCCCCCCUCGUGUAUGAAAAUCCAAAAAUGGCUUCACCCGUUUAUGAACAGAUUGUGCAGGGUUCUUUUGCAAAUGUACCACGUCUACGAGCUUACAUCCGGUGAAGAGAGUAGCAGCGAGUUGUUGGUGGCGAGUGUUCGGCAGACAGCAGAUCUAGUUGGCCUGAUUGGUACAUGCAACGGAGUGAACUUGAAAAGUACGUAGAUAAUGGUGUCCCAAUAUACGAUCAUGUAGAUAUAUCCGUUGUAAUGUACUAAUUUCUAAUGCCACUGCCACCUUUUGUAUGAUGCGGUUGGAACAAUUUUAAGCAUUUGCCCACACAUGUAAUAUACUAAUUUUAAACAUUUAUCUAUCCUUGAGCUUUACUCAGCUCCGUCAGUUAUCCAUCAUUCGCACUUGGUCAAACCAUCUCCCGUACCUCAUUUUCUCCUUGUCAGAUCCCCCCUGUUCCUCUCCCAUAUGCGGUCAAUCCCCCCUCCAAUCCCUUUCCCUCUCGUAAGCACUUCCCCUAUCCCGAUCUCUCUCACCGCCUCUCUUCGUCGGCACUUCCUAUCGUGUCGUGCUCCCCUCUCCCUCUCCAGGUCAGUUCCCAUCUCUCAUUCUUUGCUCUUAUCUUGUUUUCCUAGUUUGUUUAAGCCAUCGUCUUCUUCUAGUAAAAAAAGCCAGAAAUAUACAGGACAAACGUGAUGAUUGGCUCUGGAAUCGUUGCCCGCUGAGCGGCGCACAGUCUGAGAACUGCAGUUUUAUUAGCACGAAGUAAUACACAGGUGAGCAUAAUAGUCGCUCUAUUACAGUAUAAUUCGUGAAAAAGGACCACCAGAAAAGGGAAAGCAGCGAUUUGACAGUCUGAUGAAAGCCAACAGCGGGCUCCUCUAGGAGAACUAUUCAACAGGUUACUGCACUAUGGAAGAAUUCUAAGUUCAGCGGGUUUAUCCUGCCCGAUUUCACCUGUCUUCAGGAGGAGAACGAGGUGUAGGAGAAUGAGACGGGCAAAAGACUUGAAAGGCGCUGAGAGUCACGGGUAUUGUAAACCAAGAGGAAACCGAGGAAGCCAGGGAAACCGGGGAGGGAUUCUCUAGUGUGAACCAAAACCGAAUGUCCCUGCUAAUUACUGUGCAGCAUGAUGUUAAGAAACCGAAAAAAUCUGGUCAUGCCAACGAUUAUUAUCUCUGAUUUCUUCCCCCCAUCCUUGGCAUGUAAUACGACAGUACCCGGUACGGACUUUCUCCACCCCCUAUCAAGUUAAACUGAUAGACAGAUUUGAGCAGCGAUCUAUAUCAAAUUUGUACGAGAUUCGGAGGUGGAGUAAGUAGGGGGACCGGAAAGGAAAAGAAUGCCAAUGGUUUAUCCUGGUCAUUAGCACGGAAUAUUUGGUAAAAUAUUUUACCCAAACUGAAACGUAGGGAAAACAACGACGAUAGUUUGUAUCUGAUAAUCGUUUUCUGAGCUUGAGUAAGGUUACUGAAUACUGUUAUUCAAUUGGCAAGCAAAACUGAGGAUCGGAACUGUGGACCUCUUAUUCAAUUCGCGAGGACAAGAAGGAAAAAGAGCACUUCUAGAGAAGAGAUGAGCGGCACCUAUGAGUAACCGGCACUUGUUGCCUUGCGGUUUCCCGUGAGAGGUCCACAGCCCUUGUGCAUGCACCUCUAUAUAUUUUCUGGAGUCCGCUCUUAAAUGUCGGCAACAAACUCUGGGGGUGGAUGAUGUUUCGUCUAGUAUUGAGAGAAAUGGGGGAGUCUCUUGUUUUCGUUACACUGUUUUUCAUUAGAACUAUCAUAAACGUUUUACCUUCGAUUGUUAGCACAAUGGCUGCAAGUUUCUGUUAGUGAAUCAUGCUUCAUGUCACAGUCAGGGGGGAGGGAAGCAGCAGCUACUCUCUGGCUAAUUGCCCUUCUCAAGAAAUGGGGUUUGAACUACGCCUUUUCCAACCUUUACCCCGGCGUAGUUGACCUUGAAAGGGUUCGAUUUCCAAUGCCAUAAUUUUCAAGUUCACCCAUUUUUAAAUAACCCAUACUAGGCCCAGGCCCAGGCCCAGGCCCAGAAAGGAACCGCACCGUAGAAAGUGAGUGAAGUAAACGAUGUCCUUACGCAUCCUCUUCUCAGGAGCUUAUGGCGGACGUCUAAGACAACGUAGGCCAGUUUCUUGGCCCAGGCUGAAAAAAUAUUUCUUACCUUGGUGAUUUCAUUUUCUUCACACAUGCGAGGCUAUAAAAAUAAACCAUUUUCUAAUGACGGAAAAAAUUCAGAGAUGAAGGUAUCUUGGCAGCAAGGCAUUCUUCCUUAUAUGUAGCUACUAUUUGUUUUGAGGCUGCAAGGAUAACAAGGGGGUGGUAUUUAGUCUUUUCCAAGUUGCUCAUGAAUUUCUGGUUUUCAUUAUCUAAUUUUAUCUAACCAUUUUGAAACCUACUCUUCACUUUAAUGGCCUCAUUGCUAGGUUUCUCUCUUCAAUUAAAUCAAUUAAUACAAAUGCUCUUGAACUGGGUUCCACAACAUUCUUUGGCUCUAGCCAGCUCAAGAGUUUCCUAUAAACAAUUAUUCAAGGCCCAUAUCUCUCAGUUGUCAACCCAAUUAGAACAAUAUCUUUUACGUUUUGGCUUAUGGCUGUAGAAUGCUAUUACAUUUUAACUUCUAUUAAUGGUGUGGAUUCUUUAGCUCUAAGAUGCAGUCAUCUUGAGAUGUGGAAGUGCUUGAAUCCUCAUGAGAGAAACAUUGAAUUUUAUAGUUACAUGGUUUUUAAGAAGAAUAAUUUUAUAAUUUUCUCAUAUAAUUAUUAUUUUUCAUAUUCUGUGUUUUUUAGGAAUCUUUUGACUAUUAGAGAAUAUUCACCUAACAACUAGUUUAGGGGGUAUUGCUUUUCAUUGUUUUCCUUUUUUUUAUUUUUAACUCUUCUUGUGCUAUUACUCAACUGUCUUCCUUGUUGUAUGCAAAAACAUGAAAUCAUGCAUGGAAAUAUGUUCGAAAAAUUCUACGUAAAUUUCUAAAUUUAUGUCAUUGCAUUUGAAACGUAGUCAAACAUUUUAAGAUCAUGAAUAUUUUAAAAUAUUUUUAAUGUAAAAAAUAUCAUUUUACCUUUGAAAAAAUUAUUUCUUCGAAUUCAAGACUUGUUCUUUAUAGAUGAGUUUCAUGCGAUUACUUCUGUCAUAAAUUGGAUCCAAUCUCCUCAUAAAUUGGAUACAAGUGAAAAGAGAACUCUUCUUUACGAUUAGACUCAUUUCUACCUGGUUAUUUCUCCAUCACGUACUAGGUUGUUUUGGCAAGACGCUCCUGCAAAGCCUACUUGACUGAAACACCCUUCGCUUCGCUGCUCCUCUCUCUCGUUCCCUUCACGUUCAUCCAGCCAGCGCCGUUGCGCUGCUGAACCUGGUGGGGGUCAGGAAUUAUCCCGCUUUACCUCUUUUAGCCCGAACCCUUCGCCUAAGAAGGACAAGAGAGAGAACCCGUUUCGCAGACACUUUGGGGCACCCGGCUCAAGGAUAGAAAUGGAGAAGAGCGAUGGAGAGCUAAGCACAAAAUUUUUCUAUCUUUGUAUCUUUUAAUUAUUAAAAUUCUACUACUUCCUGCUCAUGUGAGAGAGUGAAUACUUCUAAUCACAGAAGCUAACAUGCUCCUUUGUUCUUCUCUUUCCUUGCUCUGCAGUCGUAAGUUUUCUUUGAGUUUUGGAAGCUGUUUUAUUUGGAAUAUCUGGUGUGGGUCAUAAAUAGAAGAGUAAAUCUUGGUCCCUUGACGCACCCCCCGACGCACGCGUGCCUAUACCGGCGGUGCGGAUCCAGUCCCGAGACCCGGCACCGAUAAGCUGAGGGUGCGACCGGUCUCCUCAGACGUGAUACUUCGCGAUCUCAAAUAGAACAUUGAUAUGAUAAUAUGAUGCAACCUGAGCGGGAGGGUCUCCGGAGGAGAUGCAGGAGAGCACAGAGCAGAGUGAAAGAAAAGGAGAUCAACAUAUGCCAUACGUUACAAGACUGCUCGGGCCGCUUGCCUGUGUCACGGAUGGAAACAAGAGCUGCGAGCAUGCAGUACCCAUGCAUGCAGGCUCCGCACUCUUCGUCCUUCUCCUUUCCCACAGCUUGGAGCGAGUGAGUCAUUGGCGACAGCGAACGAGGUUUUCGCUCGGAAGCUUAACAGAGAAUGCCACCCUACCCACCGCAAACUUUUUUGUCGUGUAUUAUUUAUUACCAAGAGAGAGCGUGACCGCACCAAGACUACAAAAACUACACUUCAAAGCAGAGUAAACAUGACGUGCGGCGCGACUAGUUACAUAGACUUGCACUUGGGAAUAUGAAGGAACGAGGAGGUACUCCACGAGAGGCAUGACAUCUUGGAAAGUUUACCGACAAAAAAGAAAACGUACAGAUAGACACCGAGGUAGACGGAGAGCCUAACAAACGGGUACAUGGGAUACAUAGAUGGACAGACGGAAGAACAGGUCUUGCGGGCCCGAGUUAAACGCAUGUGAAUCCAGAAGGCACCGGCAUGCCGCAGUAGAAGAGAAGCUGGGCAAGGUCUCCGGAAGUGAGGGCACUAAGUCCGAGGAACCCCGAUCUGGCGGCGUAACAGAGGCACGUCGUGCCCUGUUGAUCAAAUAGUUGGCGGACGACUCGGCAACAAGGGUUGCUGGGGACCAAAAACCCGGACCUAAAACCCCGACGCAAAAAGGAGCACACGCUCAAUCUGAUGACCUGAAGGCGGCAGAACCAAAAUGGAAAAAAAGGGAGAGAUGGCGGAGGUGGUGGUGGUGGCGGCGGAGAAGGUGGUGGCGGCGGCGGAGAAGGUGGUGGCGGCGGCAGAGAAGGAGGUGGCGGCGGGAAGGGCGGUGGAGGAGUUCGUCUCCAGAACCACCCUUGGGCUGAAACAGAGGUAAAGAACAUCAGGAUCAGCAAGAGGACUGCUGUGUAG